AUAGCACGUGGCAGGAAGAUCUGCAGACAACAUUUGGACGCGGUAGAGAAGAAAGAAAGGAAAGGGUAGGGUAGAUCAGGCAGGCUUCAGUUCAGCCAUGAGAACUCACACUCACACUUACACUUAUACUAUUUUCUCUCUAAUUCUUCUCUCCUUAUUUCUUCGAACCCAUUCCGAGGUUAUAACGUUAACCUCUGAUACAUUUAAUGAUAAGAUCAAGGAGAAAGACACUGCAUGGUUUGUGAAAUUCUGCGUUCCCUGGUGCAAGCAUUGUAAGAAUCUUGGUUCAUUGUGGGAUGAUUUGGGGAAAGCAAUGGAAGGAGAAGAUGAAAUAGAGGUUGGAGAAGUCGAUUGCGGCAUGGACAAAGCAGUAUGUUCCAAAGUUGAUAUUCACUCCUAUCCUACCUUUAAGGUUUUCUAUGAUGGUGAAGAAGUAGCCAGAUACCAAGGUACAAGAGAUGUUGAAUCAAUGAAAACCUUUGUUUUGGAAGAAGCUGAAAAGGCAGCAGCAAAAGCACUUGAAAGUAACAAAGAAUUAUAACAACUUUUGAGUUUUGUCAGGUGCAGUCAUUAUCUGGAUUACAACUAGCUCUUUACUGUGGGUGGUGCACAUCCCAGAUAAGUAAUCACCUUUGGGUUCAGGCUGAGACAUUCAUUCUUCUCUGUUCUGAUCAACAUUUGUUUGUUUGACGUAGCAGUUGUGAGUUAAGAACUAAUUUCGUACACUACCACAAUUUCUUUCUGCUAUACUCCACAAUUUUCUUUUUUAGGUUUAUUUAUACUCUACUAAACUGAUAGUGGCUUGUCAUGUUUAAAGUUUCAAUAUAAUGAUCAGUGAAUUAUGAAUCGUACCUCAGGAUUUGUUUAUAUAAUCAUUUGGUCUUUUGAAUGCUCA